AAUAUAAUAGCUCAAUUGAAGAAGUAGUCUUCUUUGCAAGUCUUGGUGUUAGUCAAUGUCAGAUAAUAAUGUUGUCGGUGAAUUCCCUUUUUUCCAUCUGAUGUAGGGCCACCUUGUUGGCGUGAAUAACGUAACUUGUCACUUAUCAAUCUUGAUUACUUUGUUGUUCUUAGAGAGUUAAACAGGGUUGGUUGAAUAAGAAAAACGCAAGAGUAGUUAUGGGUAGACCGAAGGAAGAACAUUACUGGAAUCAAGUUACAAAAGAGGCAGACGGUACGUGGAAGUGCAACCGCUGUGGACGACAGUUUAGUGGUGGUGCUUCUCGAAUUAAAGCUCAUGUGGAUCGGAUCUCCGGGAAAGGUAUCUCUAUAUGCUCUGCUUCACCUCAUCAUAAUCUUCCACAACCACAGCCACAACAAACUGCAAAUCCAAUGGAAGUGGCUGCUGAAGAUCAUGAUCAUGAAAUGGUUGAUGCCUCCAUUUUUGGAAGUAUUAUUAGUGAACCCAUCAACUUUCCGGGAGGUAAGCACCCCUUGCUCCCAUCAAUUCAUCAUUGCGUUGGAUAACCAGAUUUCUGUUUCUUCCACCAAAAUUUGAGAAAUCUAAUGAAGGAAAUUAUAUAAUAUCUUUUGAGAUAUCUAAUGUGUGUGUGUGUGUAUCUAAUAAGUGAUUACAUUAUAAAGUUAAAUGAAUUGGUGCAUGAUCUAACCCUUGAAGAAGAGGACAUUAAGGGGGACUUAGAUUGGCUCAAGUCUCAGGGCAAGCAGAGUAAAGAACAAGUUGAAAAUUGGUUGAAUAAAGUGCAAGAAUUGAGAAACAAAGUUGGUGAUUGCUUGAAUUUUGUGAUAGGAAUAGCUCAUAAUUUUAAUGAAAACUACGCACACUAUCUUAGACUUCAAAUACAGCAAUUAACUGAACAAGUGAGCGAGCAUAAGAAGCUAAAGCCUGUGGUGUUGUCAAAUGAAUUUGUUGGUGGCUUUUUUAUGACAAAUGUUAAGAAGAUGUGGGAGCUUGUUGGAGACGAGAAAGUGUUGAUGAUUGGAAUACAUGGAAUGGGAGGGGUGGGUAAAACAUGUCUUGCAACUCAUUUGGAAACUCAAAUCAAAAGGAAAGGAACCUUCAACCACGUCAUUUGGGUCACCGUGUCCCGCAAUUAUAGCAUUUUGAAGCUUCAAGAAGUCAUCGCCAGAAGAAUUGGUGCAAAGCUUAAUGGAGAUGAUGAUGAGAGAACAAGAGCAGCUCAUUUGUCAUCCGCAUUAUCAGAAAAAGGAAAAUGGGUGCUUAUUUUGGAUAAUGUUUGGAAAUUUAUUGAUCUGGAAAAGCUGGGAAUCUCUCGUUGUAGAAUCAAUGGCUCUAAAUUGAUUCUAACAAGUCGAUUGAAACAUGUGCUUAAACAGAUGGAUUGCCGCACAUUUAAUAUAAUAGAAAUGUGUCCUCUCUCUAAUUAUUAUUAUGUGAAUGAAGUGUUGGAGUUAUUUCUUUUAAGACUUGGUGAAGAUCACAAAACAUUUGCAACCAUUCCUCCUAAUAUAUUAAAGAUUGCAAAAUCUAUUGCAUGGAAAUGCGAUGGCUUACCACUUGCAAUCAGUGUAAUGGCUAGAACCAUGAAAGGGAUUGAUGACAUUCAUCAGUGGAAACAUGCGUUGAAUAAACUUGAGGGACAGGAGAUGGUGGGAGAGAUGGAAGAAGAGGUAUUUCAAGUGUUAAAACUGAGCUAUGAUAACUUAACACAUAAAUCCAUGCAAAAUAGUUUCUUGCAUUGCGCAUUAUACUCUAAAAUUCGGCGAGGUUAUAGAAUGAUAAUGAUGCUGGUUGACAGUGGAGUCAUAAAUGGAAGGAGGAGCUUGGAAGAAAUUUUUGAUGAAGGCUGUACCAUAUUGAAUGAACUUAAAGAACAUUCGAUGUUAUUGUCUGAAUUUGGUUAUCUGAGGAUGCAGAAUUCAAUGAGAAAUAUGGCAUGUCAUAUACUUAAAGAAUCUCAGAGGUGCAUAGUGAGAUUUGAUCAAAGAUGGACAGGAAUACCUCACAUGCAGGAAUGGACUGCUGAUUUGGACAUAGUUUCUUUGGAUGCAAACUGGAUAGAAGAAAUCCCAGCGGGAAUAUCACCCAAUUGUCCAAUGUUAUCCACCUUGAUUCUCAGUAACAAUGACAUCAACAGCAUUCCAGAAUGCUUUUUCACACACAUGAAAUCUCUAGCAAUACUUGACCUAUCUGGAAAUGACAGUUUAACCUCUCUGCCGGAUUCCCUGUCUGGCUUGACUUGUCUUGUUUCUCUAAUGCUCCAUCGAUGUGAAGCUUUGGCAAAUGUGCCUCCAUUGGGAAGGCUUCAAAAAUUGUCAACGUUGGUAAUUUCACACACUUCAGUUGAGGUGGUUCUAGGCUUGGAAACGCUACCAAACUUGAGAUGGCUUGAUCUAUCUCACAAUUCAAAGUUGAGGUUGGAAUCAGGGUGGGUGCUACAUGGUCUUACAAAUUUGCAAUAUCUGGAUCUCUUCGAGUCUAUGUUAAAUGUGGAAUCAGAGGUUGUGAAAGGGAUGACCACACUUGAAUGUUUUGCGGCCGGCUUUCAUGACUGCAAAAGCUAUCACAAUUAUGUGGAAAGUAUAUGGAACGGAGGUUCUGCACCCAAACGUUAUCUUCUCUAUUUGGGUAGUAUCGUUGACUCUGAAUGGAUUUUUGACGUUCAUGAUGAUAUUGAUCCAAGUGGUGACGACUACCAAAUUGUACAUUUAUUAGAUUGCGAAGAAUCCCCUCAUUUGCUGCCAGAAAAUCUUACCAAGCUCCACUUUGAUUGUAAUGCGCAUUGGAAAAGCUUAUGUGAUGCUCUGUCAAAUGUUACUCCUCCUCGUUUGAAGAACAUUGAGAUUAUGAGUUGCAAACAAAUGAAGAGCCUGUUUUGUUUAUUUGGUAAAUGUUCCUUUUGCAGUAAUCUCAACAGCCUUCAGUCCUUGACACUUGUUGAUUUGGAGAGCUUAACAGCCAUUUGCAAAGAUGUUUCUCUUACUGAUUCAACAACACGGCCUCUUGAACCAAAUGUCAUCUUCUCUCAUCUCAGGCACUUAAAGGUCUCGUUUUGCAAUGCGAUAGAAACGUUGGUAACAGUAGGAUUAUUGCCCCAACUUCGAAACCUGCAGACAUUAACUGUAGAGUGUUGUGGAUCAUUGAGAGAAAUAUUUGCAGCGAGUAGCAGUGGUGCUGAUAGUGAUGAUGCUGCUUCCACCAUUACACUCCCCAACUUAACCUCACUCUACUUGUCUGACUUGCCAAUGUUAGAGACUGUGUGCAAAGGAAUUAUAAUCUCUACAUCUUUGCCGAAAUUGGAGAUCCGUCGGUGUCCCAAGUUAGAAAAUCUCUCUCCAUUUCAAGUCUCAUCAUCAUCGGAUACUUCUUACGCAUCUCUUUCUUUUGGGUUCUUUUUCCGUAAUGCCUUCAUGUGA